AAGUCAAUCCAAGUAGUGUUUAGAUAUUUGGUCGCAUUUGUAGUUGAUUGCGCCCAUUGCAGCUGUCGGAUUCGCGAAGGAAAGAAAUCUGGAUGCAUAUCGAUGUAUUGAUACAAUCCUGUUCUAUAGCUUUGUUUAAUUGCGGCGAACGCUACAGAGUUGAUUGAGGCAGCCGGUAAAUCGGACACCCGCGCCGGUUGCUCCUUGAGCCAGAGCGAAGUGCUGACCACCUCAACAGUGUCACCCGCGAGGGCCAAAUUUUCCUGCGUCGAAUCUUCGGUGGUGCUUAUCCAUCUGGAAGCCAAUUGACUCAUUGUCAUUUACCGUCAUACCGUAGAAAUGUCUGCUGCAGAGUUCCUGAAGGGCCUGCCUUCUUACAACGAGAACAACUUCACCCGCUUCCAAGCGGACUCAUCCUGCAGAACCACUGUAAGCACAAAAUAUGAAAGGGUGCGAAGGCCAUCGGUGUACCUUCCCACUCGUGACCACCCACCUGACCAGGUGAUCAUAACUGAAAAGACCAACAUCCUGCUGCGGUACCUCCACCAGCAGUGGGACAAAAAGCAGAGCAGCUCAAAGAAGCGCGAUGCCGGACGUUGCGGUUUCUAUCUGGAUGACGAGAUGCCAUGCAAGAAAAGGGGGCGCACCGAUACUUGCAACACCGACGCUGACUCUCCAUGAGAUUGCCAAGCAAUGUUGCCAAUUGUGGCUCGUCAGGACAGAGUGGUGGCAAAGAGGGGCGGGGGGUUCCUGAAAAAUGUCUGCUGGCAUUAUUCACACGUUGUGGUUUAAUCAAUGAGGGAAGAGAAGCUUGAAAAUUCUGGCGCCAGUGAACAUGUGCAAAACGCCUGAUAAGACAAGGGGUGGGGAUUGGUUAAAGUUAAGGAAAGGGGGGUGCUUUAUCUUUUUAUUAAAAACACUUUCGGGGUAUUCUUAAACUAUGGUAUUGCAGUUAGGUUACAUGAGCAUAGCUCUCUCAAUAUGUUGAUAUUAGUGAGAGCCAGUUAACAAAGAGUGUCUCAAUUGGUGCUUCUUCGAUAAGUCUGCUAAGCAGCGCCCAAUACUCUCUGGGGCUUGUUUGACAUAAACUGCUUGCUCUCAUUCCUGGCCUCCUGUGUCUUCUGUGUCUGCAAAAGGAAAUAAAGAAAAGCCUCACUAUUGUUCUGAGCUUGAACCUUCCAGUAAAAUACUAAAGGAGUGCAGAGGUGGAAGGCAUGUUGGCAGUAAUUAACUUGGCUUGUAGAAAAUGUCAUGUGAAGGCUGUAUGGUAAAGUGUGGCUGGAUCCAACCAAAGAGAGCAAGGCCGGUAGCAAAAGGGCAUACAACCUAUUUGGGCACAAGUGUUGGGAUACACCGUGUUGUACAUUGUUUUCCACAUUUGUGUGGCAGCAUAUAUCUGCGAACAUGUUUACACUCUGAGAGCUGUAAACUGCUGCUGUUUAACCAUUCUUCAGUAAAGUUCAUUGUAAUGGUGGAGUGAGAGAGCACGAAGGUGCUAUUGUGAUCCAUAAGCACCUAACUACUUAGUAAUUGAGAUGUACAGCCCUGACAAUAAAAGAUGUGUGUGCAGGUAAACGAGAUAAAUGAACGGCGAUGCUAUACAACUUUUUUUUUAUGCAUAAACAUUGUUCCGGUAUGGGCUGUUUUGGGUUAUUCAGACAGGCUGCGCCAGGUGUCGAGUUUCAUUGGCAAUCUCUGGAGGCCGUUAGAAUGUUCUCAAGUUGGUAUAGCGUGGCAUCAAGUGUUAAACGUAGUAUAGUUGAUCUGUUAACAAAUCAGGGAAGGGUCUGUACUGUAGAAGCAAAGCAGAAAGAAAGCUUGUGUUAUAAUAUUCAAGCUUUAGAUCAUGCUUUAGUAAUAUUAGUUUAGUUAGAAGGUGCAGAGCUUGCCACUCUCUGUUGCAAGCUUUGUUACUUGUUAUUGAACAUGUGCUGAUAAGUUCAGCAUCCUUCAGGUCGGCAUAUUAUGCUGGGAAGCAUCAUUAUUUAUCAUGACGAUGAGAAUGUUGCCAUUGCUAUGCAUUGCAUUAAAAGGGUGUACACGAGGCCAAAGCUGGGGCAUAUGGUGGCGUCGUUCAUUGCGCUUUUGCUUGUUGUGCUGUCAGAGUAUCGCUUAUUUUGAUUUUCUUUCCUUGAUUACUUUUUAAAUGUUUCAAGCCACCCUGAAAAACAUUGGGUACAACCUUCAAAACAGUAAGUGUGCACACUGCAGGCUCACUUUGUGUUUGUGUUCUGCCAAGUUUCUAUUUGGGCAGUUUGCUUUUAGUUGUAACCUUGAUUGAAUUUCAUCUAGGCUAUAAAAUACUGUUUAUUCAGCUAACUUCACGCCAGAUAAGCAUUUUGACUUCAUUUUCAAUGUCAUAUGUUGGAAGUAAAAGUUUAUUUGCAGCAUUGUUAAUGCCUUUAAGCUGCAACUACAAGCAAUGGUAAAGUAGUGGCUGUUAGAGGGACACUAAAGUCAAGUAACAAUUUAUUUCGGAGUGAAAGUUCCAUGUAUGAUGUCUGAAACGACAAUAUUAUAAACAGAAGUGCCCCACUUAACGAGAAAUUAAGGCAAAUAGAUGAGAAUUUGUGCACUACGAUAGGACAUUCGCAAAAUGACUACCGGCACUAAAUAGAGAUCUUCCGUUUAUCAAGAGUAGAAAUAAAAUGCUGCUUGUUCAUUUCUGUUUAAUUCGGGGAGAAAGAUUCGCUGGACGUUACUGCUGGCGUGAAUGGUUCAAAAGUUCAAUUUUCGCCUGGUAAAACUGAACAGUUCGUGCCAUCUAGCAGGGCCCAGUUGAACCAAAACGCGUCUGCCAUCUCGGAGCUAAUGGUGGGAAAUUGUUCAAUGACUGUUGUUGCUGAUGUGGCUCUCUUUGCUUUCGUUCUGCUGCCAAGCAACGUUGUGCAUGGCAACAGUGACACGACACAUUCUGCUUGAGUCGGGUAACUUGAAGUGCGCUAACUCGAUGUGGAUCACCAAAACGUGAUUUUAUUUCAAAAUAAGCACUUCCUUGGCACAAAAGUAGGACUAAAAAAUUUCUAGACCACUAUUUCAACAUUCACCGUUGACCUAAUAGUAGCCUUUAGUGUCCCUUUGAUGUUACAGCUGCCAUGCAAGUGUAAUGUAUAGCAUAUGUCACAAGUUAACAUGCUAGAGUCAAAACGAUCAUGCUGUCGGUAUCAUUUAGGCUCAGGAACAUAAGUAUAGCUUUGUGAUGACUCUUUAUUUGGCCAGUGUCUAACAUGUGCGAGACUUUUGCAGGUAGCGCUGGCUUAAUUAUGCGAAUAUCGUAACAGUAUCAAGGCAGUGCAUUUAUUUGCUUAUGUUAUGCCAUUCACAGUGAAACAGUGUGGUUGCCAUAGCAUCUUUCCUGUUUUUAUUUUGUAUAAACUAUAUGAUAACCAAGCUGAAUGCAAGUUGCACUGUGUGUUUGUUGUAUUACUGUGUGUAAGUUAGCCAUACUGUGUGCGUGUUGUUGAGUGUCUCAGUGCUGCUUGCCCUCGCACUUGUCCUCGCACUUGUCCUAUCUGCUUGUCACAUGCUUCAAGUGCAGUUGAACCUGGAUAUAUAGACUGAUUUCGUGGGUUAAAAAGUUUUAACGUCCAAGUGGAAAUUCGAUGUGACAGUGCACUGCUAUGUCCAUAACGAACACUCAGCUCCACAGCUCAUAUAUAGAGGGCUGUACUUCGGUGCACCAUCUGGUAGUAAGAUUCUGUUAACAGGUGUUCAUUUGCAUUUAGGAAAGGUUCCUGCUGACAAAGGCUCCGUUUUGGCAUAUGCUGUUAAUCUGGAGGGCAGUGAAAGCUGUGAAACAAGAAUGAACAAUGUGCAUGUAUCUAAAUAUGGAUGAAUCUUAUGGCAGGGAUUUCAUUUGUACUUUGCAAUAGUGGAUUUGCUUUCACUAGCUUCUGCCUGCACAACACAGCCGUGUAAUGUGGUGAAUAGUAAUUACAUUGAGAGAACCAACCACAAUGUAAGAAAACACACUACCUGCACUUAUCAACUAAAACCGUGCUGCCAUUCUAUAUUAAAAACUGAACACGCCUUCUCGUCAGAUAUGCACAUUCUUCAAAGAAUUGCCAAUGAAAAACAAAUGUUAGUGAAAAGCAUCUGCCUUUACUGCAUGAUUGUAGAGACAAACUGAUAAAAUUCUGCUUUUCACAACCUAUGGAGACCAUCAAAAACUUGCGGAGUUUUCUUAUACGCCUUAUAUAGGUGAAUUUCACAUUGAAAGCUAUAAGUAUGUCUAGCUCCUUUGCAUCUUUAGUUCAAUAUAUCCAGGUUUGAACGUAUGUAAUCCUGUUGGGCCAAAUUUGGGAAGCAGCUUUAAGUAUGUGCUACAUUUGUUGGUACAUACUUGCUAGGAGGUUACCAGGAACUCCUACUGUGCAACCUGUGCAAAGCAGGCUAGCAUCUCUGAUUAUGGCGCCAAUAUAAGGCACUGCACGCAUUGUGACUGUGCUUUCACCAGGCGACUGCUUUUUCUUUAACAACUGGAGCAUACGUGUCUAACCAGGGAAGGAUCUUUGUGGGCCACAAGUGCAGAGACAGAAAGUCCUGCUGGGGUUUCCCUCUAAGUCUUCAGCCGCUGCCCGGCGUUAGUUUUGAACACAUUCGUCUCUCGCUGCAGCUGCGUUGGAGCUUUUGCGUAACUCGUCAAUCUUAUCUCUACUACGCACAUAUGUGCCCACACCUCUGUUGGAAUUUGGAGAUUCACAUCUCCAUUUUGAUCCUGCAGGCGAUGUUUGGCAUGCUUGCAGAAUUUUUUUGAAUGGUUUCACAUUGGCUGCUGAAGCAGGGCAUCUUGGGUUCUCUUUUUGGGCACCCCUUUCCACGAACCUUCCGGUCAUGGUUUGCACGCAUGUUCCAUUUUUUUUUUUUUAAGUGAAGACUGUGUCUCGUAUGUGUGCGUCAUUUUGGUCUGUGAGCGGUCUGCUGUCUUUGUCCGAGUCAUGUUGCGAUAACGGUGAUGCAGGAAAAGUGCAGCCCCGUGUCACUUCUGUCACUGUGUCGCGGUUGCAUUUGCAUUCUCGCUUACCGCACUUCUUUCAGCUGCCUGCCUGUUACGCAGCUUCUUAUAUCUUUUUUUUCUUUUCCCACCUGCCUUUUGACGCAUGCCGCAAAUCUGCGGCUGCGGCACUUUCCUCGUGGAGCGAGAUUUGCAAUUACAAACUAUGCAUAUCUACAGCUGGAUAAAGAUCGAAGCACUAACUUGUUCUUUUAGACGUGUUUGGUUACAAGUUUACGGUCAUCCAGUAAAAGGAGUCUUUAUCCUAUUUUCUGCUUUUUCACCUUUUUUGUGUGUGUGUGUUUGCACAAUUACACGGGCAAGUAAACUCUUCCGCGAAAGUUCACGGGACAUGGUUGACUUGCGAAAUGUGAAAUACUGCUUUUAAAGCCUGGCACUUAAACGUCGACAGACUGCUGCGAAAGUGGUUUUGACUACGUUGACUCCGCAUUAUAGUUUCCAUAUCAAGUUCGAGAAAGUGUGUCCAGACUUCCAGGAAUUGAGUUUUUUCUUUCCCUUUUUCGCAAGCUCGUGCCCUGCAAAAUUCUGUAGCUGACUGUACAUGUACUUGCCCACUGUGGUGCCUCUUGUAUUGCUUUCCUGUUGUUUCUGUAGCACGUUCACGUGGGCGUGCGUGAGAAAUUGCAGUUUGCAUUUAUGGCCACUCAAUAAAAUUUGACAGUACGCG